AUGGGGAGGAAAAAAAUCCAGAUCUCGCGCAUUCUGGACCAAAGGAAUCGGCAGGUGACGUUUACCAAGCGGAAGUUCGGGCUGAUGAAGAAGGCCUAUGAGCUGAGCGUGCUCUGCGACUGUGAGAUCGCCCUCAUCAUCUUCAACAGCGCCAAUCGCCUCUUCCAGUAUGCCAGCACGGACAUGGACCGCGUGCUCCUGAAGUACACGGAGUACAGUGAGCCCCACGAGAGCCGCACCAACACCGACAUCCUCGAGACACUGAAGCGGAGGGGUGUGGGCCUCGAUGGACCAGAGCUGGAGCCAGAUGAAGGGCCCGAGGGGCCAGGAGAGAAGCUGCGGAGGUUGGCAGGUGAUGGGGGUGACCCAGCCUUGCCCCGGCCCCGGCUCUAUCCAGCAGCCCCUACAAUGCCUAGCCCAGACAUGGUAUAUGGGGCCCUGCCCCCACCAGGCUGCGACCCCAGUGGGCUUGGGGAGGCCCUUCCUGCCCAGAGCCGCCCAUCCCCUUUCCGGCCAGCGGCCCCCAAAGCUGGACCCCCAGGCCUGGCACACCCUCUCUUUUCACCGAGCCACCUUGCCAGCAAGACACCACCACCCCUGUACUUGGCAGCAGAUGGGCGGAGGCCGGACCUGCCUGGUAGCCUGGCAGGGGCCCGAGGGGGACUGAGCACCUCGCGAGGCCUCUAUGGUAGCCUACAGAGUCCGUGCUCUGCCACAGCUCCAGGACCCCCACUGGGUAGUUUCCCCUUCCUCCCUGCAGGCCCCCCAGAAUAUAGCCUAGGAGACCCUCCUCCACCCCCUGGCCUGCUGCAGCCCCCUACCCUGGCCCCCUGGCAGCACUCGAGGGGCGAUGGGCCCCCAGCCGCCCCUCCCCAGCCCAG